AUGUACAGGCAAUUUCUUAUCCGCAACGAAGAUCAGAAAUACCAGCGAAUCCUUUGGCGCGAUGAAACUAAUCAUAUUCGUACAUAUGAACUCAAAACUAUUACUUUCGGUUUAUCGGCUGCUCCAUAUCUCGCGAUCCAGUGUUUAACUCAGCUCGCCCAUGACGAAGGUCAUAAAUUUCCUCUCGCUGCCAAGGUAUUGCUCCGCGAUUUCUACGUCGAUGACGCACUCACUGGAGCUUCGACGAUAGAAGAGGCACGUUCAUUAAGAGACGAUUUGACGCGUUUGCUAAAAUCAGCUGGCUUAAAUAUUCGGCAAUGGGCAACCAACAAUGAAGUUCUUCUGAACGAUCUACCGAAGCAAUCGAUUAACAAAAAACUUCAUCUCGGCGAAUCAUCAACCUUGAAAACUUUGGGCGUUGUGUGGAAAUCCUCCGAAGACUCUAUCACUUACGAGGUUAAAACGCAAAUGACCAUCACACACAUUACCAAGCGUUUCAUCUCCUCGGAAAUCGCGAAAAUCUACGAUCCAUUAGGCCUCCUAGGACCAGUUAUCAUCGAAGCAAAAAUUCUACUCCAAAAAAUUUGGUCCAUAAAGGUAGACUGGGACGAAUCCCUGCCCAUGGAUAUUCACACCGAAUGGGUCCGUUACUACAAGCAGUUGCCACUACUAAACAAUAUCAUUUUUCAAAGGAAAACAAUCAUCGACGCGCCGACCAAGAUAGAAUUGCAUGGAUUCUGCGACGCUAGCGAGAAGGCAUAUGGAGCCUGUGUUUAUAUCCGUUCAACAGACGCGAAUAGGCACACGCAUACCGAACUUCUCUUCGCCAAAUCAAAAGUAGCACCUUUAAAGACACAGUCCAUACCACGGCUCGAGCUAUGUGGCGCCCUGCUCUUAACAUCCUUGCUUGCCACCGCCAAGAAGGCACUACAUUUGGAAAUCCACCAUACCACCUUGUGGCCCGAUUCUACUAUCGUGCUCAACUGGCUACGAACUUCUCCACACCUACUAAAAACAUUCGUCGCAAACAGAGUGGCUGAAAUUCAGUCAAAGACGAGUAACACCGAAUGGCGACAUGUCCCGACAACCGACAACCCCGCAGAUCUCAUCUCACGCGGUCAAACGCCUGAAGAGUUCCUCCGACCCUCUAUCUGGCACCACGGUCCAAAGUGGCUCGCGGGUAAAAGACAUCUCUGGCCAACCAACGAAUUGACACCAUGCUAUGUCAUCGAAGAACAGAAGACGGCAACUUGUUUAAAUACAACCCCCAUAGACACGAGCAUUUUCGAUAACUAUUCAUCGUGGGAAAAGAUGCAGCGAAUCACCGCGCGUUGCCUUCGUUGGAAGAAGACAAACACCGAAAAGGGUAGUCUAACGGUAUCCGAACUCCGACAUGCUCAGAACGUCCUCAUCAAAGCACUACAAGCUCUACAUUUUCCCAAAGAAUUACAACACAUUGCCAACAAAGAACCUCAAGUCGGAGGAAAAUUGCAACGGCUCAAUCCCUUCCUCGAUAAAGAAGGGAUAUUGCGAGUCGGAGGACGACUAAAAAAUUCAUCAAUUCCAUUCUCACAACGUCAUCCCAUUGUCUUACCGAAGGCACGCGUAACCUCCCUAAUCAUAGAAUCCGAACAUCGAACUCAAUUACACACCGGCAUUCAAAAUACCUUAUACGCCAUCAGGCGCCGGUACUGGCCCAUUGACGGCCGAAGUCAGGUAUGGAAAACCAUAAAGACCUGCUUACGCUGUCUCCGAGCGCAACCACCACCUGUUAAUUACAUAAUGGGUAACCUGCCCGAAGCUAGGGUCACUGAGUCUCGACCCUUCACAAAUACCGGUGUCGAUUAUUGCGGACCAUUCUACAUAAAAGAAAGAAGGCAUAGAAAUCGGACUCGCGUCAAAGUUUACGUGGCAGUUUUUGUCUGCCUCGCGGUCAAGGCCGUUCAUUUAGAACUUGUCAGCGACCUCACGACCGAAGCUUUCUUAGCCGCACUUCGACGUUUCAUAGCUCGACGGGGGUUAUGCAAAAAUCUGUAUUCAGACAAUGGGACAAAUUUCGUUGGGGCUUGCAAUGAAUUCCGAGAAAUACACGAACUCCUAAAAUCAGACGACCACACCCAGAAGGUGAAGACCUUCCUAGCAAGUCGGUUCAUUGAGUGGAGUUUUAUCCCACCCCACGCGCCACAUUUUGGUGGCUUGUGGGAAGCAGCGGUAAAAGCGUUCAAACAUCAUCUGACCCGCGUAAUAGGCACUGAAUUAAACACUUUCGAAGACCUAAACACAUUAAUCAUUGAAAUAGAAGCAAUCCUGAAUUCGCGUCCUCUGACACCCAUUUCUACCGAUGCAAAUGAUCUCCUCGCAUUGACACCUGGACAUUUCCUUAUUGGCGAUUCCCUCACGAGCCUGCGCGAGCGCGACUUCACAGAUACUCCUGCAAAUCGUCUGUCAAGCUGGCAGCACGUCCAACAAAUGAGGCAACACUUCUGGAACCGUUGGCAUCGGGAAUACUUGAACGAGCUGACCCAGCGCAAUAAAUGGAGCAAGGGCAGCCAUUCGAUAAAGGAGGGUACACUUGUCCUUCUACGAGAGGAUAAUAUUCCUCCCAUGCAAUGGGCUCUAGGCAGAGUUCUAAAGGUCCACCCUGGCUCCGACGGUAUUGUUCGUGCCGUAACCGUUAAAACAGCCACGAGCAUACUCGAUCGGAGCACGAAAAGGCUUGUACCCUUACCGCAUCAACCCAAGGAAGAGGACCACAACCCAGUGGACCCAACAUCCGUGGUCGGAACCGACCUACCAGAGAGUCAACCUCAUGAUAUUAAGAAUCUUCAUUGUAUAGCAAACUAA